AUGGGCGUGGGUUUGGUGGUUUGGACGCAUGAGGGUGUGAUACUAGCAGUUAAAUGCACAACUAAACGACUGAUUACAGAACCUACAGUGGCAGAGGCAAUAGGAGCUUGGCUUGCGGUUGAUGUUGAAGGGUAUGAAUUAAAGCCUGUUGUUCUUGGCAUGUCUCAAAAUUUACAUGUGGGUCAGAGCUGCUUCGCCAUUGGAAAUCCUCAUGGAUAUGAGAACACUCUGACAACUGGGGUAUUCAGUGGAUUAGGAGGGGAGAUACCUUCACCAAAUGGAAAGCCUAUUCGAGGAGCUAUUCAAACAGAUGCCGCUAUUAAUGCAGGUAAUUCAGGUGGGCCGUUAAUUGAUUCACACGGCCAUGUUAUUGGAGUUAAUACAGCAACUUUUACUCGCAAAGGGACAGGAUUAUCAUCUGGUGUUAACUUUGCAGUACCGAUCGACACCGUUGUUCGAACCGUACCUUACCUUAUUUUGUAUGGAACAUCUUAUAAAGACAGGUUUUGAUAAUGUUUGUGAAUUAUAUCAAACAAAUGCUUCAGGUGGUCCUUGAGUUUGACUUCUUGCAGAAAAAGAUC